AUGGAGUCGGCGCUCGUGGUUGCAGAGGACCAAAAGGAGAGGCCGCUAAAGCUGGCGGAACGGAAGACACUGCCACACAACAAGCCGGCGUUCUGGAGCUCCAAGAUCCACGGGAUCCCCGCCAAUUACAAGCCCAAGGAGCACGUGCAGCACAAGGCCCGGCCCGGCCAGACGGCUCCCGCCGUCGAGCGGCGUACGACUGCGAUCCGCGCUAAGGCAAAGGAGGCGGGCAAGCUCGUGCCGCGCAGCCAGGCGAGCGUAAGGCUCGUCAACUCGGUGACGGCGGAGCUAAAGCGCAAGGCGCGCGGCGCCCGUCCGAAUCCGCCAGGCCUGCGCGCGGAGUCGACGAUACUGAUGCGCACCUUCGAGCUGUUCGACCACGACCGGAGCGGGGUAGUCAGUGUCGAGGCCUUCCAAAAGGUUCUCGCUUGCUUCGAGAUUGAGGCAGACGAGACGACCUGCCACGCAGUCUUUCAAAAGUUCGGCUGCAACCAGCUGGGGCAGCUGCCCUACGAUGUCUUCACGCGCACCCUCUUUACGUCCGCGAAUCGGCUGCUCGCGUGGACAUCCAUCAAGCAGGGCGUACCCUUCCAAGACAGCUCGCAGGCCAUCCAGCAACGCGCCGAGAACGAGUUCCGAGGCAAGAUCCAGACCGGCCGUUUCAAGUGCCUCACCGGGCUAUACACGCCAUCCGACUGGGACAGCCGCGCCGUGCUCGAGCGGGCACGCCGGCGGCCCGACGCGCACCUCGAGCUCGACUUCGUGUACGGCUACGCCGGCAACACAAAGUUCCUCAUUGAGAAGGGCCAGCGGAUUGACCCGCAAUCCUCGUUCGUCUCGCCAAACCUGUUCUACACCUCCACUCGCGAGGUUGCCUACUUCACGGCCGCGACGGGCAGCGCCCUCGAGUGGGAGACGACGUGUAUCGUCCUCAAGUGGGAGGACAGCAAGGAGGGAGGCCCCGCAAAGGCGCAGGCGGCUGGCGCGGUGGCCGAGGAGCGGGAGUCGGCGCCGCCACAGGCAGGCCGCAAGCGGCAGCGUUUCUUCACAUCGCACGACAACGACAUCCUGUGCCUGGCGUUGGACGCCUCGCGCAACUACGCGGCGACGGGGCAGGCGGCACCACUCAAGGUCGCCAAAGGCGUCCAGAGCACGCCCACCGUCAGCGUCUGGGACGAGCUUGCCACGCUGGAGCACACAACGUCAAAGGACGAGCCGACCGACUCGAUCGCGGGCGCGGUCUGCUUCUCGGAAGACGGGCGGCUCGUCAUCUCGGUGUGCCGCAACACGCACCACUCGCUCUUCGUUUGGGAGUGGAGGACGCGUAAGUUGCUCUAUCGGGAGAACACGUGCCAGGGCACGCCGCCGUGCGUUUUUGGUAUCAAGUGGAACCCAGUCGAGGUCGGUGAGGGUUCCAAGCAGACCAAGCUGUUUGACUUCUGCUCGUUUGGCACCAAGCACAUCAUCUUUUGGAAAGAGUGCCCGCCACCGAAGGAGUCAAAGUUCAAGCGCAUCUGGUCGCAGGACGCGGGCUCCUUCCUCAACAAGGACAAUCCGAAGGGAACCAAGUCCAACGACGGCGUCGACAUCCAGGAUGUCCUGUGUGUCGAGUUCCUGCCGGACGGUGGCGUUGUCACGGGCAUGCAGUCUGGCGACAUGUACAUGUGGCAGGCCUUUGGCGCGACAAAUCUCGACGCGAGCUCCUCUAAGUCCGCCGACAAGUCCGAGCCGGGCAAGAAGGUUCGGUCCGGGGUCGACAUGCGCGUCAUCCGGCGCAUCACCGUCCCGUCACCAGAGAAGGGGCGGCCUCCGAGCCGGGCACACACACACAACCUCACGGUCCUUAAGUUGCGGGCCGGCGGGAGCGCCCAGGGCACGCUCGACCUGCUCUCGGGCGGCGGCGACGGAGAGAUCAAGGUGUGGAAGGUCAAGGCGGGGCAGCCCGUCCACUACGGCACUUGCCGCAUCCCGCGAGCGCUCGACACCUUCCCGGCGUCCGACGAGGUGGUUGUGGGGACGGACAAGUGCGACAUCUGGAAGAUCGAGCUCGAGCGAAGCGGCAAGGACCUCGUCCUCAAGGAGGGCAAGCUCGCGCAUAAGUCGCGGCAGCUCGUGGUGAAGGGCCACGCAGACUACCUGCGCGGCCUCGACGCGCACCCGACCAAGGAUUUUCUGAUGGCCAGCGCGUGCAAGAGCGACCGAGUGUAUAUCUGGAACUGCAAGGCCAAGGAGGAGGUGGCCUUCGCCUCCUUCCCCGGUGAGCAGGCCGUCGCGUGCGCCUUCUCAAGCGAUGGGCACCGGCUUGCGGUCGGCACCGUCGCGGGCAAGGUCUUCAUCCUAUCCGACGCCGCGCAGACGCCGGAGCAGGAAGAGGGCGGCUGGGCGGGCGAGCUCUUCCCUUUGCGGGCGAGCCAGACGCAAGCCGCGCGGAUGCCCAUUCGCGAUUGCGUCUCAGAGAUCUCAGAGCUACGCUACUCGCCUAACAACAAGAUGCUGGCCAUGAUUGACAUCUACAACGCUGUGGGCGACUCUUAUGUGCGGCUCGCGCGCUGCAAAGGCCACUCGUCGACAGUACUACACGUGGACUGGAGCACCAACUCAAGGGUGUUGCAGUCGACAUGCAGCGCACGCGAGCUGCUCUACUGGGACACGUGGUGGGGCUACGACGACGAUAACUUGGGGGCUCAGCCGCGGCGGCGCAUCGGCCUGCAAAACAUCGAGGACCAGCGCGAUGGACGGUGGGCGAGCUGGUCGUGCACGCUCGGCUUCAACGUGAUGGGCAUCUACCCCGAAGGCUACGGCACCGACGACAUCAACAUGGUGGCCCGCUCGCCGUGCCACCGCUUCCUUGCCGCGGCCGACGACCGAGGCCAAGCGUCAUGCUGCGGCUCGGCGAGGGUGGUGCGAGGUAUGACGUACAGAGCGUGCUUUUUAGGCGGAGUGAUUCUGUACAACUUCCCGUCGAUCGUCGACCGCCAGAAGCACUACUGGUACGCUGGCCACUCCUCCUUCGUCGAGAAUGUCAAGUGGAUCAAGGCGCCCAUGCCGAGCGCAAAGAACCCGACAGGAGGGCCGCAGCUGCUGUGCUCCGCGGGAGGGGCCGACCGCGCGAUCUUUCAGUGGAAGCUCGUUGUCGAUGUGGAGCCCCCCGAGGCGGCGGCCGGUGGGGCUAGCGGCGCUGCGAUCACGGCUGCGUCGCCAGAGCCGAAGCGGCUGACGGCGCUCAGUAGCCCCUCUUUCAUCGAGCAGCGGGCUACGUUGGCGGAGCAGUCGGCCCUCAUUCAACAGCAGGAAGAGGAGCUCGAGUCGCUCAAACGGCGAGUCGCCCGCCACGAGGCGAAACGGACGGCAGCAUCCCGCGCGCCCUUGGACCCAGUGGCCGAGCCCGAUGCUCCUGCAGAGGCCCCGUCAGCGUCGCACGAAGCCGUGAGCUAG